AUGUUGCGUGAACCGUGGUCUGAACCUGAGAUAAAAAAGCAUGUCACUGAGAAGUACAACGUACAAUUCGAUAUGUUCAGCAAGAUUAAUGUCAAUGGUUCCGACGCUCAUCAUCUGUUCGUAUUUUUGAAAAGCAAACUCAAGGGUACCUUGUUUGAGUAA